CUGCUGCGGGUAGGAUAAAAGUAACUAGGUUAUGGAUUAAACAUGUACCUAUGAUGUCUAUUGGUUUUGUUCUGUUAAAUUGAACAUGAUUCCUGCAUUGAAACGCACUGAGCGGUUCUUCUAUGUGUAUAUUGACGCUUGAUUGCUAUGAAAGAGUUUUGUAUAUUUGUUAGAUGAAUCAGUCGGUGCGUUUUUUAUGUCCGAGAUUUGAUAAAAAUUGUGUUGUUUUUUAACAAUGCGUUUCAUGGGACAGCAAGAACAAAAAGACUUUAUAUUUAACGAAAUGAAAUACUGACAAAUGUAUUUCAGUGUUUGUUAUAUAGAUGGAUAAUCUGAAUUUAAAUAUUGUGAAGCAGGAGAACUUUAUAUUGAUAUUCAUGGAAUCUGACUAAAUAGUUUUUUAAUUGUUUUAGAAAAUAUUUCUUUCAGUAUAGGUAAUAAUAUGGGAUUUUAUAAAGUGUUCGUUAUUCUGACAUUUGCAAGAUAUUCAUUUUGUCGUUAUACAGGUUUCAGUGUUUGGCUAUGGUUGAGCAGUGAUGAAGAUUUAUCACCUCUUGAUGUUUGGACCAACGCUUCAAGCAGUUUCAAUAGUGCAUCAAAUGCAACAGUGUAUAGUUUAAUAAGCACAGGAACACGUGGCUACAGAAACACUUUGAUUGACACGUGGUCAUCCAAUCCACCAGAUAGGAUACGAGUGACCUACAGAAAUAGAGAUGGUGAUGUCAUUCUCAAAUCAAAAUUUAAAACUUCAACUUCCACCUCAUCAGACUGGUUUACCGUAGCUAAUUCGAUGGACUGGGUAUGGCCAGAGUUGUCUUAUAACCUUAGCCUUACAUACACAAGGCAUACAUUGGAAUUUGCAAUGGUAGACAGUAGCCAAAACGUAUUAAAAUAUAGAGGUGCGAGUCUGAAGCUUUCCAAUGGCACAGUCAUCUUUGUAGUAGGUCAAGGAACAACGUUUGGGCUUCUUCCAUCAACACCUACAGAGUCUGGGGAUUGCUAUGCUUCCUAUGAUAUUUCAAAUCCAGUAUCUAUCAACUUCACAAUAUCAAACCUUACACACAGCUAUUGUUCAGCACUUUGUCGACAAGAAAACUAUACAUAUGCCGGUGCCCAUAAAGAUGAGUGUUUAUGUUUUGACACACUGAAUGGACCAUUGCUGACGUCAUGUAAUAUACCAUGUGCAGGCAACAUAAACGAAAUGUGCGGAGGAACAUUCCCACCAGCCAUUAUAUUCAAUUCCGUGAAUACAGAUAUUGACAUAUCGCAAUUUAAUACUCCUAAAAUAUUGAUCGGGGACUUAGAUGUCAUUGGCAAUGAUGAGAUAUCUUUUGAUGAGCCGAUACACAUGUAUGGGUUAAACAUCACAACUGUAACAGCAAACCUACCAGUCUCUAUACAUAUCAUUAUAUUAUACCGCUCAGAGACGUGCAAUAGUACGGGUAUACGGAAUUCUUCGUAUGAAACGAGUUUCAGUGUGGAAGCAACAGAUAACUAUUAUAUGUUAGAGUUUGAGCCUAUCUUCGUGCAAUGCGUUUAUUUCUUUCUUUACGACAACUCAACAAAUGCUUCGUUAACCUUCCCUGUCAACAUCAGAGCUAUUACAAUUGAAUUUGGCAAUUUUGUUACAGCCCAAUAUUUCACCAUCGAAGCAUCCUGGCAAAUAGUAGAAUCAACGACAAGUAUCACUACGCUUACAACCACGCCAGCGCCUACUGACGAAUGCGAGUGUGAAUGUUGGCUCUACAAUUUGCUGUAUGGGGACUCUCCUUACAAUAAUCUUUCAUAUGAUCAAAUUGAAGAUGCUUUGAAAAACGUUACAAAGAAGAUUGAGAAAGAGCUUUCAGUCAACAAGUCAACCCUGUCGUCCACUAUCAGAAGAAAGACAAGUGCUCAAGAUGACAGACCUUCAGCAACGGCAAUUGGAUACUCCUUGGGUGUAGCCUUGCUUGUUUCCUCUUUAGGCGCCAUUCUGCUUUCUGACUUACCAAAAGUGAUCAGCAGUUUUAGUAUUCUACGUGACAAUUUCAAAUCUAGAUUUGGUAGUCAAGAAGAGCUAAAUCCUUCAGAUAAGUCAGACAAUACCAGUAGCGAUACCUACUAAAAUAACAUUACCAUUUUGAAC